AUGUCUAAAAUGUGGCUUAAGAUGCUGGGCGUGGGCAUCGUCAUCUGCGUUGGCGGUCCAGCGCUCGUCCAGAGCAUCCGACCCUCCGACGAGGAGCUCUUCAAGAGAUACAACCCGGAUCUGCAGAAGCGCAGUCUGGAAGAGGGGGACCGUCGCGAGAAGGAAUUCGAUGAAUACGUCACAAAGUUGAAGGAGUGGUCCAAGUCGGAUAAGUCGAUUUGGUUCGCGGCGCAGGAGAUGGAAGAGGCGAAGCGCGUUCAGCAGCAGGCACAACGAGACCAAGCGAAGGAGGAAGCGAGGUUACAGCGCGAACAGAUGAGGAAGGAAAUGUUGGGUGAGAAAUAG